AUGGUUAAAUACUUCCCAUCUAUCUCUCCAGAAUUAGCGGAGUGGGCAAUGGCUCAACCGGUUUUCUUUACUGGCUCGGCGCCGACGUAUGGGAAGCAUAUCAAUCUUAGUCCGAAGGGGUUGCCAGAUGCGACAUUCAAGAUCUUGGGACCGAAUAGUUGUGCUUAUAUCGAUGCCACUGGUUCGGGCGUCGAGACCAUUAGCCAUAUCUAUGAGAACAGUCGCGUAACAAUAAUGUUCUGUUCUUUCACCUCCACUCCCCGCAUAAUGCGAUUUUUCUGCACAGGACAUGUCGUCGAGUGGAAUACACCUGACUUCGCACCUCUAUUGGCUAAAAUGGGAAAGUCAAAUGUGGAUGGCGCGAGAGCUGUGAUCUUGUUGGAUGUUUGGAAGGUCCAGACAUCUUGCGGCUACGGCGUUCCCCUUCUCACACCGCUUCCUGUUCAAAUUGACAAUCCAUCCUCUGGUCCCUGGACCGAUCGUAAAACUCUAGGCCACUGGGCCGGUCAAAAAGUAGAGAAAAAUGAAAUGCAGGAUUACCAAUUAUUGAACAACAGUUACUCACAUGAUGCGUUACCUGGAUUGAAGAGUGCACGGAAACAGAAAAUGGGGAAUAGUGUUAUAAGAGUCAAGGUUGAUGAGGCUAUAUUCUGGGGAAAGAGAAUUGUGAAAGGGGAAUGGAGAGGUGUGAUCUUGGGGGUAUUGAUGGGUUUCUUAAUGGCCUUGCUAAUGAGAGUUUGGGGCAAGGAGGGAGGAUUCGAAAGUGUAGUCGGGAGGGUAACAGAGGUUCGAGAGUUGAUGGGGAAUUUGACCGGGAGGAAUCAUCUGGAAGUUGAGCUCUGA